CAGACUUCAUGAAGCAAAGGUCUUCAGCUUUGUGCAUCUGAGUGUUCAAGAGUUUCUUGCUGCAAUGCAUGUGUUCAUCUGUUACCUGAACAAGAACAUGCAGGAGCUUCAGUUUUUCUUUGAUGAGCCAAAAGAAAAUGUCACAUUGGAGGAGUUACUGCAGAAAGCCAUUGAUAAAGCCAUGAAGAGUAAGAGGACAUCUGGAUUUGUUCCUGCGGUUUCUGAUGGGAAUUUCACUGGAAUCCAGUCAAAAUCUGCUCAAAGGCCUGAUCACACACCCUGAAGACACCACAGAGAGCAUCAAAGAAGUAACUAAAUGUAUUAAACAAAAACAAAACACGUACUAUAUCUCAGAUGAAGCUCUAGUCAACUUAUUCUACUGCUUACUUGAACUCAAGGAUAAUUCAUUAUAUGAGGAAAUACAGAGUUACCUCAGUUCAAAUGAACAUCCAGGAAGAGAUCUCUCAUCUUCAAUGUGCACAGUGUUGACCUACAUACUACUGAUGUCAGAGAAGGUGCUAGAUGAGUUCAACCCAAAGAGGUUCACAUCAAAACUAGUAGACUACAGGAGACUCAUUCCAGCUGUGAGAUGCUGCAGAAAAGCUCUAUUUGAAAGCUGUGGUUUUGAUGAAACAUGCUGUGAAACUCUGUCUUCUGCUCUACAAUCAUCAAACCAUCUGACAGAGCUGAACCUGAGUAACAAUGAUCUGCAGGAUUCAGGAGUGAAGCUGCUUUCUGAUGGACUGAAGAGUUCACACUGUCGUUUAAACAUACUGAGGCUGUGUGGGUGUCAUCUCACUGCUCUGUCCUGUGAAAGUUUAUCAUCAACUUUACAAUCAUCAAACUCUGUCCUGAAAGAGCUGGACCUGAGUAACAAUGAUCUGCAGGAUUCAGGAGUGAAGCUUCUUUCUGAUGGACUCAAUAGUCCAGUCUCUAAACUGGAGAUACUAAGAUUUUCCACAUGUAAUCUCACUGCACAGUCUUGUGGGAGUUUGUCUUCAGUUUUACAAUCCUCAAACUCUGUCCUGAAAGAGCUGGACCUGAGUAACAAUGACCUGCAGGAUUCAGGAGUGAAGCUUCUUUCUGAAGGACUGAAGAGUCCAAACUCUAGACUGAAGAUACUGAGGUUGUCUGGCUGCAUGGUGACAGAGGAAGGCUGUGGUUAUGUGUCUUCAGCUCUGACUUCAAACCCCUCACACCUGAGAGAGCUGGAUCUGAGCUACAAUCAUCCUGGAGAUUCAGGAGUGAAGCUGCUCUCUGAAAAACUGGAGGAUCCAAACUGCUCACUGAACAAACUCAAUGUUGAGCAUGGAGGAGAAUCCAGGAUUACAGCAGGACUCAAGAAAUAUGUGUGUUUUUUCACACUGGAUCCAAACACAGCACACACUCUUCUCAUUCUGUCUGAGGAGAACAGAAAGGUGGCGUGUGUGUAUCAGUCUCAGUCGUAUCCUGAUCAUCCAGACAGAUUUGAUCUGUGUCCUCAGGUGUUGUGUAGAGAGAGUGUGUGAGACGCUGUUACUGGGAGACUGAGUGGAGUGGAGAUGUGUUUAUAUCAGUGUCAUAUAAGAACAUCAGCAGGAAGAGACCGGGUGAAGAGUGUGUGUUUGGAUUUAAUGAUCAGUCCUGGAGUUUGAUCUGCUCUCUAACAGAUACUCCUUCAUACACAAUAAGAUAAAGACUGAUCUCUCUGUGAGCCCAUCAUCAUCAGAAGAAGAAGAACAGGAGAGUAUGAAGAUAUCUACAGAGUAGGAGUGUAUGUGGAUGAGGCGCAGGAACU